GCUUGUCUUAUCAAUCUUAAUUAUGCAUUAAGUUAUAUUUGGACUUUAUACCUUUAUGUCUACAAUGUCUGAACAACAUAGUUUGGUUCUUCCUAGAGAUAAAAAAGGAAAACCUUUAGCAAGGAUUGUUUUGGUUAACGACCCCAUAAAAAAUAAGGAGUUUAAAUAUGCCAAUAACUAUGUUUCCACGGCUAAAUACUCUUUACUAACCUUUCUUCCCAAAAAUUUAUUUGAGCAAUUUUCAAAAGUGGCUAAUCUUUAUUUUUUAUUUUUAGCCAUCAUACAGCUCUUUCCUGAAGUGGCCGUGUUUCCUGUUUUUGCUGAGCUAUUUCCAUUAUCUUUUGUCGUUUUAAUUUCAAUGGUGAAAGAUGCUUUAGAGGAUUAUAAACGUCAUCGGAGUGAUAGAGAACUCAAUUAUAAAAAAGUUCUUGUUCUUCGUUAUAAAGAAUUUAUUAAAAUCCCUUGGAGCGAACUUUUAGUUGGUGAGAUUGUUAAAAUCUCCAAUAAUGAUUUUAUUCCAGCGGAUGUGCUUAUGCUCUACUCCGCUUCUGAAAAUGGAGGGGCUUAUGUAGAAACGGCUGAUUUGGACGGAGAAACGAAUCUGAAAUUUAAAACAGUCUCCAUGCGAACUUCAUUUUUAACGAACGAGGAAAAGUUAUCUCAGUUUAAGGCAACUAUUACUUCUGAGCCUCCGGAUGAUAAUUUGCACAAGUUUAACGGAAAAGUUCGAAUCCACAACGAGCCUCACAGUUUUUCAGUGAGCAUCGAACAAUUACUUUUACGAGGCAUGAAGCUACGCAACUGUGCGUAUAUUUAUGGCGUGUGCAUCUAUUGUGGGCACGAUACAAAACUCAUGAUGAACGCUGGAGGCCCUCGACUCAAGAGAACAAAACUGGAAAAGUUAACAAACACGCUUAUCAUCUAUAUUUUUUUGCUUCUCCUUCUUCUGAGCUUAAUAAGUUCUAUAUCUCGUUGUGUGUGGGAAGGAGGAACUGGUAAGAAGUUUCUCUUGUUUCUAUCGCUCAAGGACAAGCCUAAAGACUCAGUACUCGUUGUUAUUUUGGGGAUGUUCAUUUCCAUUGGCCUAUAUAAUGGCCUGAUCCCCAUCUCUUUAUAUGUCUCCGUCGAGCUUAUUCGACUUGUUCAGUCUUGGUUUAUCGACUCGGACCUCCAGCUUUACUGUUCUGAAACGGACACGCCGGGUGCUGCCAGGACCACCACUCUGAAUGAAGAGCUUGGACAAGUGAAUUAUAUAUUUACGGAUAAGACGGGCACGUUAACAAGAAAUAUAAUGAGGUUUAUCAAGUGUAGCAUCAAAGGCGUAAGCUACGGACACGGAGAGACGGAAGCGUCACGUGCUUAUAAAAAGCGCAUGAGACAGGAAAUUGGCGUUGCUGUUCCCAACAUUGAUUUCUCAGAUAACAAAUGGGCUGAUCCAAAUUUUCUUUUUGCUGAUACAAUAUUGUAUAAACUAGUUAAAGACCCAUCCAACGAACACGUUUACCGUUUUUUCCGGCUUCUUGCUUUGUGCCACUCCGUCCAAAUUGAGUGGGAAAAAGGAAAUCUCGUGUAUGCGGCGCAGUCUCCUGACGAAGGCGCAUUGGUUUCUGCCGCAAGAAACUUUGGCUUUGUUUUUAAAUCUAGAAAAUGUGGCAAAGUUGUUAUCGAGGUGCAAGGCAAAGAAGAAGAGUACGUUGUGCUAAGUACCUUAGAAUUCAGUAGCGAAAGAAAACGCAUGUCUGUUAUCGUACGAUGCCCCGAUAAUCGUAUUCGUCUGCUGACAAAAGGUGCUGAUAAUGUCAUUCUUCCUCUCUGCGUUUCUGAUAGUCAAGUAUUAAAAGAGACAAACGCCCAUCUGGAGCAGUACGCCACUGAUGGCCUCCGUAUCCUCACCCUCGCGGAAAGAGUGCUUGCUGAGAGCGAGUUUAACGCCUGGUUCGAGAGACAACAGAAGGCUACUUUGGAGCUUCACGACCGCACGAAAUACUUGGAAGAAAUAAAUAAUAAAAUUGAACAUAACCUGGAGCUACUCGGGCUCACUGCCAUUGAAGAUCGCUUGCAAGAAGGCGUGCCCGAUACCAUCGCCAAUCUGAGAAAAGCAGACUUGCACGUGUGGGUUCUAACCGGCGACAAGCAAGAGACGGCCAUUAAUAUAGGCUUUGCGUGCCAGCUGCUUCGUAACGACCAACAUAUCUUUGUGCUCUCGGGAAACGCCAAGGGUCGCGUUCUGGAGACUAUAUACGGCGUGCAGCAGCAGUUCGAGCAACUUAGCGAAGACUGUGAGAAGGCCCUCGUGAUCGACGGGGUUUGUCUGUCGUGUGCCCUCGAGGAUAAUAUAAAGUUGGAACUUCUCGAGGUGGCGAAGGCGUGCAAGGCUGUGAUUUGCUGCAGAGUCACACCACUGCAAAAAGCAAUGGUGGUCGAGCUCGUUAAAGAGAACUGCGAUGCCAUUACUUUGGCCAUUGGAGAUGGCGCUAACGACGUUAGCAUGAUCCAAGCUGCCCACAUUGGCGUGGGAAUUUCGGGUCUAGAGGGCAGACAGGCUGUUCUAGCGGCAGACUACAGUAUUGCCCAAUUUCGAUUUCUGGAGCGUCUGUUAUUGGUCCACGGGCGCCUCUCGUACAUGCGCAUGUCAAAGUUUUUACGGUAUUUUUUCUAUAAAAACUUUGCCUUUACCCUCGUGCAGUUCUGGUACCAAAUUUACACCGGAUGGAGCGGCGCUACCAUUUACGAUCCAUGGUUUGUGACUUUGUACAAUAUUGUCUUCACCUCAAUGCCUGUUAUGGCCGUGGCUGUUUUUGAAAAAGACACUGGCACCAAAUAUUCCCUUGCCAAUCCAGAUAUAUACUGUGUGGGCCAGGGAAAUUUGCUUUUUAACAAAGCCAUGUUCUUCAAUUAUUGUUUUUUGCUCGGUUUUUUUCAUUCGAUACUGUUGUUUUUUCUGCCUUUCGGAGCAGCUGCUGAUUUAGUACUUCCAGACGGGAAAAUGGCGGGAUUUAAUUGGUUUUCUGCUUUGGUUUCAGCCUCAUUGGUUAUCGUUGUUACCUGUACAUUGGCGCUGGAUAUCCUCGGCUGGACCGUAGUCAACCAUUGCGUUGUGUGGAUCUCACUACUAUCGUGGUUUAUAUUUGGAUGGUAUAUCUACUCGAUUCCUGCAUUCAUACCAAACACAGAUUUCUUUGGGGUUAUGCACGCCACGCAGGGAACUCUCGCCUUUUGGGCCACUUUGGUGCUCACCACAUGGACAUGCCUUUUUCCUGUAGUGUUAUACAAAUUUGCAAGACUCGUGUUUAACCCGACCUCCGUCGAUAUUCUGCGCGAGCAAAAUUACUUAAAAAAAAAUGAAGAGAAUAGUUCCCUUAAAAAUAAAGAGACGAGGUGUAAAAGUUUUUGCGCGGAAACAUCUAUAGUAGAGUUGUUAUAG